GUUCUCUCCAGAGCACAGUCAGGGCAUUGUAUAAUUGUUAUAGAUGGGCAAAGGACAGAAGAACCCAGGUGCUGAAGCCUGACACUGAUCAAACAGAGAUCAGUCUCAAAAGCACAACACUCUCCACUGCAGAAAAACAUCUCUGCUCUUUGUGUCACCCAACACAACCCCCCUGAAGCAACAUUCAAAUAGUCAAGAGUGACACUGGCCCCGGGUAAGGGGAUACCCAGCACAUUUACAUCCCUGCACCUGCCCUGCUCCCAGCAGCAGCGCCACCAAAAUCCCCCCCAGCACCAGCAGCAGCAGCAGCAGCAGCAGCAGCUCUAUAAAGCUCCUCUUGCCAUCCCUGACACUCCAGCAACAGCAGCCACUGAGCUGCCUCAGGCACUGCUGCCACAGCCCCCUUGGCCAGCACAGCUCUGCUCCCCAGCUCCACCAUGGAAGCUUGUCACUCUCCACACCAAUCCAAUGUCACCACAUAUGGGGACGCAACUGUGGUCAUCAUCACCCUGGAGGCAUUUGCAGGCGUGUGGAUAAAUGCUUUCAUCGUUUGUGUGCUCUGCAUUGACUGGGUUAAAAAGAAAACUCUGAACUCUAAUGAGAAGAUCUUGCUGCUGCUGGGAUGCUCCAGGUUUUGGUAUUUAGGCAUCUCAUGGGUAUAUUCUUUUCUUUUAAUAAUAUAUCCCUAUUGCUUUUGUGUUCCUCUCCUACUUGAAUCUCUUGCAGGUUUUCAAAGCUUUUUUGAUUGUUCAAACAUAUGGCUCUCAGCUUGUCUUUGUCUUUUUUACUGUAUAAAAAUUGCCAAUUUCAGGAACAGCUUCUUCAUCUACCUGAAACUAAAAAUUGACAAGAUUGUUCCAUGGUUCUUGUUAGGAUCUGUGCUUUUGGCAUUUAUUUUCAGCAUUCUUGUCUACCACAUCUCCAAUGAAACACAGUGUAACAAUCGCAAUUACAGCAGUCAAGGGUAUUAUCUGAAACACAUUAUCAGACUGGAAGAACCUUUACUGCCUAUUGUUUUUGUCAUAGGACUUGUAUUUUCCACUUCAUUAACAGCCGUCGUCUUUUCUGCUCUUUUCCUUCUCUUUUCUCUCUGGAGACACAAAUGCAAGAUGCAGACAAACUCCAUGAAGAACCCCAGCAUGGAAGCCCAUGUCAAAGCCAUGAAAUCGAUUCUCUCCUUCUUACUAAUGUACAGCAUCAACUAUGUAUUUUUUAUUUUGACACUGAUUUAUGCAAGGAAGAAAGAAAAUCACGUGGCUUUUCUUAUUUUUGUAUUUCUCUAUGCUUUUCCAGGUGUUCAUACCCUUAUUCUGAUUUGCAGCAAUCCAAAGAUGGAAAAGGCACUGAUAAGGAUUCUAUCCUGUGUCAAGUGCAAGGUUUGCAUGAGGUAGGGACUCCAGUAAA